AAAAUGGGGAGGGGAAAGAUUGAAAUCAAAAGGAUUGAGAACACAACAAAUCGCCAAGUGACCUUCUGCAAGAGAAGAAAUGGGCUUCUGAAGAAAGCAUAUGAGCUAUCUGUGCUGUGUGAUGCAGAAGUUGCCCUCAUUGUCUUCUCCAGCCGUGGCCGACUCUAUGAGUAUUCAAACAACAACAUAAGGUCAACUAUUGAGAGGUACAAAAAGGCAUGUUCCGAUCAUUCAAGUACGAGCACUACUACCGAAAUUAACGCUCAGUAUUAUCAACAAGAAUCUGCAAAGCUGCGACAGCAAAUACAGAUGCUGCAAAAUUCUAACAGGCACUUGAUGGGUGAUGCCUUAAGCACACUGACAGUGAAGGAACUUAAACAGUUGGAGAAUAGACUUGAAAGAGGAAUCACUAGGAUCAGAUCUAAGAAACAUGAGAUGCUACUGGCAGAAAUCGAGUACUUCCAGAAAAGGGAGAUUGAACUGGAAAAUGAAAAUCUUUGCCUUCGGACAAAGAUAACUGACGUUGAGAGGCUUCAGCAAGUAAACAUGGUUUCUGGACCUGAGCUGAAUGCUAUCCAGGCACUAGCUUCCCGUAAUUUCUUCAAUCCAACCAUGAUGGAAGGUGGAACUGUCUACCCGCAAUCAGAUAAGAAGAUUCUUCAUCUGGGGUAA